AUGGCCUCCAGCAAGCAGGGCAAGAUGGCGAACCUCAUCAACUACCGCAUGCGAGUCACUCUUAACGAUGGUCGCCAGAUGACCGGUCAAAUGCUGGCCUUUGAUAAGCACAUGAACCUUGUUCUCGCCGACACAGAAGAAUUCCGCCGCAUUAAGCGGAAAUCGAAGGCCGCCCCCGGCUCUACAGGCACCCCGCAGGUCGAAGCGGAGGAGAAGCGGACCCUCGGUCUGACCAUCGUUCGUGGUGCUCAGGUUGUUUCUUGCUCUGUUGACGGUCCUCCUCCUGCCGACCCCUCCGCACGUCUCGGUGCCACCGGUCCCACCAUUGGUGCCGCCGCCGCUCUCGCUGCCGGCCCCGGUGUCAGCAAGCCCGCUGGUCGUGGCCUGCCCGUUGGACUCGGUGGUCCAGUUCCUGGUGUUGGUGGCCCUGCUCCUCCAAGUGGAUUUGGUGGUUUCCCUCCUGGACCUCCAGGUGGAUUCCCCGGUGCGCCUCCCGGCUUUGCUGGUGGUCGUGGAGGAGCUCCUGGUGGACCUCCUGGCUUUGGUGGUCCUCCUCCUGGCUUUGCUCCCCAGGGUGGUCCUCCUGGUUCUUUCCAACCUCCUCCUGGCUUCCAGCCUCCUGGCCAGGGACGAGGAUACCCUCCUCCCGGCUACGGUGGAAGAUGA